AUUCUCAGCUCGGUGUCCUUGUCGAUGUACAACAAAUUUCAAUGUUGUUGUGUUUGUAGUACAGCGGUAACGUUGUGGUCGGUCAGACGCUCAACGUUCCCUCAAUCUCAUGUUGAAUCUUCCGAUGAUGUCCUGGGGUGGUAAUUGCUGACUGGUGAGGUCCUGUUGUGAUCGGUGAUAAUGGCAGUGAAUGGGAUCCCGGCGAUAACACUGGUUUUAUUGUCCUUGACGCUUCCCAUCAUUGCCCACACAGACUACCAUUACAGACCCACUUCAAGAUCAUUCUCCCGCCCCUACACCAGCGAUGCAUCACCCCGCAACCAAUACUCAGGAAGCUUAAACCCAACCCACGCCCAUAUGGACACCAGAAGUACAAGCAGCAAGCAACGAGCCCACGUCGACGACGGCACCAUCGUCUACCCCGACACCCCCAGCUGCGCCUACGGCCUCUGUUUCAACGUCGCCGGCUACCCAAAAGAGCAAAUCCAAAGAAUACUCAGUCGAUCUCAGUUCAUGAACAGCUACUUCGAAGUCAGCGAAGAACCCGUCAUCAUCGACAACAGGUUCAACACCGACGAGAUGUCGCUGUGCGAGACCAAGGUGCACACCAUCUACCCCGAGAAGGCCAACAACACGCAGAAGAUCGAGAGGGUCAUCGUGAACGUCGAGGGGCACAAGCAGGGGAUCGUGUUCGAGACUUGCGUUUUCAGGGAUAACGGGAAGUGUAAGUUCAGCAGCAAUUUCCCGACGGGGUACACGUCGUAUUGUAAGCAGAAGUACAUCCACAAGAGGUUGAUGGUGCUGGGGGAUAACGACAAGUUUGUGUUCGACUCGUUCGAAGUGCCGUCGUGUUGCGUGUGUACCGUGAGCAGAAGUGACUGAAGACUGCCUGUUUUGUAGUGUACAGAGUGUUUUGUCACAUUGUAUUAUAUUUAGGGAUAUUUAUGUAAUGCUAGAGAUACGUUUCACUUGCACGCUUGAUUUUCAACUGCAUGAUUAUUAUUAUUUUUAAUUAGAGUGACUUUUGUGCCGCGGAUUAUGCAUGGAAGUUUAAUAAAUGAAUCAUAACUUUGUGAAAUGAUAUUGAUUUAUAUGCAGUAUUUAUCACACAAGUAAAAAAUAAACGUCUAAAAUAAA